UUCCGCGCCGUGACUCUCUGCCUUGUCUCCCCCGCAGGGCUGGCGUCCUGUCCGCCUUCGCGGGCGGUGGCUCUGGCGGCGUCGGCGCUGCGCUCGGGGGGCCUGGUGGCGCUUCCGACGGAGACGGUAUACGGCGUGGCCUGCCUGGCCCAGGACUCGCGGGCGCUGAGGCAGCUCUACCGGCUCAAGGGCCGCGACCCCCGCAAGCCCCUCGCCCUCUGCCUCCCGGACGUCGCCCUCCUCCCCAGGUACUGCCAGGCAGGCGCCAUCCCACAGGGGCUCCUGCACGACCUGCUCCCGGGCCCCGUCACUCUGGUCCUGGAGCGCUCAGAGGAACUCAACACGGACCUCAACCCCUUCACUCCGCUGGUGGGCAUCCGCAUCCCCAGCCACUGGUUUCCCCGGGAGCUGGCCAGGGUUUGCGCUGCCCCUCUGGCCCUGACCAGUGCCAACGUCAGCAACAAGGGGAGCACCCUGGACGUCACGGAGUUUGAAGAGCUCUGGCCUCACCUGGCGCUGGUUGUGGACGGGGGCCCACUUGGAGAUAUCCACAGUCCGGAGUGCCGCCUGGGCUCCACGGUGGUUGACCUUUCCAUCCCUGGCAGGUUUAGGGUCAUUCGGCCAGGCUGUGCUCUUUCCCAGACCAUGGAUAUCCUGGUGGGCAAAUAUGGCCUGGCACAUGACCCAUCUGGUUCCUGAAACCACCCUCUGCGUCUUUCCUGGGGACACUGUUCUUUGGGCACCUCUUUCCCAGCAGCUUUGUUCAGAAGGAUUCUGCUGGGCUUCACCUUCUUGGGGGCAAAAGGACCCUUCCUCCUUGCCUUAUGCCACCUUCCUUGGCUCUUGAACAUCUCAGCACUUUGACCCGGCUGUGGAGGAAGCGUUCCCUUGUUUUUUGCAUUUCCCUCAGCAGCCGUGGGGGGAUUGUGGUGGGGGCUGAAGGACACCAUGAAGCCCUCCCUCUUCCGUUCCCUGAAUGGCUUCUACCAGAGCACAAAGCACUUGCUUUCUGAGUACUUGGAGCAGCUGGUUCAUGUGCAUGGAAGGCGGACAGAUCCUGCGAGGGAGCGCUGGAACCUUUGGGCAUGCAGGGGUGCCAUUCAUCCUGGGGGAUCUUUCCCUCCUGAAGUACGGAUGGGAGGGACCGACCCAGAGGCAAAGCCAGGCCUGGCCUCUGCAGGACGAGAGGCAGCGUUGGGACCAACCAACCUCAGUAAACCAAAACAGUGGAGACUGUUGCUUCUUGUCUUGACUCCAUU